CACUGUCGGAGCGCUUCCGGUGAAAGGAGAAAGCAUUUCCCCCCAUCUCGGCACCAUUUAUCGACAACAUUUUAUUUUAAUCUGCGAACGAUAUCGUAUACGAAUAUCUGGAUGACACACUUGUUUAUCUGUUCGCGAUAAUAUAGUUGUAGAUUUCAUAGCUGAUGUAUUCUCGUAAAAAAAAUACUUAAUCGGUGUAAAGUGAAAGUAGAAGUGUCGUGGAACAUGACUGGCUGAUAUGAAGUUUGUAAGGGACUGGUUAUGACUGAGCACAUAUUUUGACCAUAUGCUAAUUCCUUGGCUACAUUGCAGAAAUGUUCAAAUGUACAUUUGAUAUUUUCUGUCGAAGAUUUUUUACACACAAACUGAGAACUAAAAUCAUGGAGAGCAUUUUGUGUUGUAACACGACCAUCGAUUUCACACAACCAUACAUAUGAGGUCAUAGUAUCUAAAGUCCAAUAAUAUAUUUGCCAAUUUAUCAUUGGAAGAAUGGCUUUUUGAAAACCGAGAUCUUUCAAAGUACUCUGUACUUCUUAUGUGGAAGAACAAACCAUGUGUCGUGAUCGGACGACAUCAAAACCCUUGGUUGGAGUGUAACAUUUCAAAGGCUAUAGGUAUGUCAGUGGAUGUUGUUCGUCGUGGUAGUGGUGGGGGAACAGUGUACCAUGAUGAAGGAAAUCUUAACUGUUCCUUCAUAAUGGAUAAAUGUCGAUAUGAUAGACAUAGAAAUCUCCAAUUUGUCAUCGAUGCAAUAAAGUCGAGAUGGGAUAUAGACCUUGAGAUCAAUGAAAGAGAUGACAUCAUCCUUGAUCAAUUAUAUAAGGUGUCCGGUACAGCAUCACGCCUGACUCGGACAAAGACCUACCACCACUUCACACUUCUGUACAGGACUGACACAGAAAAGCUGCACAAACUCCUCACAAGUCCAUUUGGGACAGGGGUAGAUUCCAAGGCUACAAAGAGUGUGUCGUCACAGGUGAGAAACAUGUCUGACUACGCAACGGAAAUGGACUUCAACUGUCUCGUACAAGUGAUCGGACAACAUUUCCACCGUGCAGGACUUGACCAGGAGAUUGAUCAACAGAAGUUGGGUGAAAUCAGGUUUGUGGAGCCAACAGACAGUAAAAUGUUUCCAGGACUUAACAAAAUACAAUCCACUCUAGAAGACUGGGAAUGGAUUUAUGGAAAAACACCCAAAUUCUGGUUAAAAAAGAAUUACUGUAAAGUUCUAGAUGGAACACAAGUAACAGUUACCAUAGCAACAGAAAUAAAUAAAGGACGGAUAAAUCAACUCAACAUCACUUAUCCCAGUACAAAUCACAGUGAUGAGAUGGACAGUAUCCUCACAUAUAUAAGAGAAGCCUUCAUUGGUCAGAGAUUUUGGAUAGCUGAGCUGGAAGUGUUGAUGCAUAACCUAAAGCAACAUGAAACUAUUGGUAACCAUGGAAACAAUGCUUUAUUUAACUGGAUAUUGUGUUGUUUAAAAGAUACAUUGCAUAUAAAUGUAUGAAUUUAAUUACUCUGUACAUGCAUCUGUUUGCUUAUUUUUAAUAGAUUUUGUUUUCUUAU